GUAGAACGACAGCCGGCAAACUCUACUGAAUCAGCAAACAUAUUUUAUCUCAAAACAGACCAAUUCAAUGAUACAAAGCCAAAAGAAAGCUACUAGUCACCAAAUACAAAAUAUUAGAUUGCACCCAUUCUUCCUUGAAACCAAGUAUAAAUAUUGUUUUGCACCUCCAUAAUUUUCACUACCACAGCGCUAUCAUAUUCAAAUUCGCUAUUGAAUAAGAUGACGAAGUCUUUGAAAAGGCAUUUGGAGUUGCAGGGUCCAAGGCCUACAACUCUUAUGGUGAGCAAGAAUUCACAGAAGGUGACGAAGAAGAAGCCAGUCAUAGUCUAUCUCAUAUCUCCCAAGAUUAUUCAUGUCCAACCUGAAGAGUUUAUGGGUUUGGUUCAACGGCUUACUGGGAAUAAUAAUAAUCAAGGUUGUCGAAAAUCCGAGGUUAAUAACAUUGGGGCUGCUGCUAAUUCUCAGUCUUGUUCUUCUGCUUCCACUACUUGUUUGAUCGGCCAAGAAGGUUUCGUGAGUGAGAGCCCACGGAAGCCCAACAAUAAUAGGGCAGAUGAGUACUGCGAUGAUCGUGUACCUUUUGGAAUACCUACUACAACAACGUCCAACUUUGCUGAAAUCUUCUAGCAAUAUAACAGUAUGUAUUUUGUGUAUUUAUCUGUAGAAAUAUGUACAUAUGUUAUACAUCAAAAGUAUGUUAUCUGGGUUACUUUGAGUUCGAGAAAAGCAAACGAUAGGUUUCAUAUAUUAGUCUAGCUUUUAGCUUUGUAUGCCAGAAUUAAUUAAG